AUGGCCGGCCGGGACGGCAGCGUCGCACGCGGCGCUCUUUCAGCCGUCCGCACAACAGCCCCGCAGGUGCUGACUCAAGCUGCCCAAACACCAGAGCAAGCGACCCCCCUCAUCGCCCCGGUGCAUGGAGUGGUGGAAGAGCCCCACAGCCCCCCUGCGGAAGAGGAAGGAGGGAUCCCCAUCCCCACUUCGGGGCUGCUGCAGGUGGCAGAGCGCAGGCAGCCCCUGAGCAGCGUCUCCUCCCUCGAGGUGCACUUUGACCUGCUGGACCUCACGGAGCUGACGGACAUGUCUGACCAGGAGCUGGCAGAAGUCUUCGCCGACUCAGAUGAGGAGAACGUGGCCAGUGAGGCCCCCGCCGCUCUCCAUCCGUCUGCCCAUCCUGUCCCUCGGGCUGGCUACCUGCGCUCCCCCUCCUGGACGAGGUCAAAAGCAGACCAGCGACGGGAAAAGAAGCACCUCAGCGACUCAGAGCUCCUGGCCAGCCAAGAAGAGCCGUUCCAGACUACGGAGAAACCGAAGGAAGAAUAA